AUGUCGGCUGCCCAUCACGUUUCAAUAUCCAAAAUCAUCUUCGAAGGCAGUCGUGAUGAAGUGGUAGCUGUGUCAGAACCUCGCAUCUCCUGGCGGUACGAAGGCGAUGUUGAAGACUGGUAUCAGACUUCAUACGACAUCCGGUUCAAGAGAGGGCAAAACGUCGAGGAAUUCCAUUACGACACAUCUAAAUCCAGCUUCGUACCCUGGUCAGGUAGUCCUUUGAGAUCUUGUGAGAGCGUGGAAGUCUCAGUAAGAUCCAACGGUCCCGACAAUCUUAACACAGCAUGGACUACAACAAAGGUCGAAGCUGCGUUGUUGCAUCAAGAUGACUGGGAGGCCGAUAUGAUCGCCAUAAAGUCUCAACCUCAUACCGACCUUUCAGAGCCCGCACGCCCAUUUAUACUACGCAAAAAGUUCGAUAUCCAGGAUCUGUCGCAGCCUGCUAGGUUAUAUGCUACGGCGUAUGGUAUGUACGAUAUCAAAAUUAAUGGUAGGAGUGUUGGAGAUCAGGUACUCAAACCGGGUUGGACAAGUUAUGACUAUCGGUUAUAUUAUCAAUCUGCCGAUGUCUCAUCAUACCUCAAGACUGGCAGUAAUUCCAUCGAGGGUCAGGUAGCCGAAGGAUGGUAUUCAGGUAGAUUGGGAUUCUUGGGUGGAAAGAGAAAUUUAUAUGGAGAGCAUAAUGGUCUAUUCGCUCAAUUGAUGAUUGGCGGAGAAGUAGUACUGAAGACGGACUCAAGUUGGACUGGAUCGUACGGCUUGAUCAUGUAUUCCGGCAUCUACGAUGGAGAGAAAGUUGAUUUCAGAGUUUCAGAAACCGACCUGGGAAAUUUACCAGUUGUCGUAUUGGACAAGCCGAGAGCAAGAUUUAUCCUUGAUAUGGCGCCCAUCACACGAACGGAAGAGCUGUCAGCAAAGGAGAUAAUCAAAACACCAAGUGGGAAAACCAUCAUUGACUUUGGUCAAAAUCUCGUCGGAUGGGUCAAGAUAAGUGCUGUCCCUUCAAAAUUGUCUCCCGGAGACGAGAUCAUUCUUUCCCACGCAGAAGUCCUUGAACAUGAUGAACUUGGUAUCCGACCCCUUCGAGUGGCCAAAUGUCAGGAUACGAUCAUUUGCGGUUCCGAUCCCACUCGGCUGAAAGACUGGGAGCCAUCUUUCACUUUUCACGGUUUCAGGUACGUUCAAGUUGAUGGCUGGGGUGAAGACAUCCAGCUUGACGACUUCGUCGCCGUCGUCGUGCAUACGGAUAUGGCACGGACUGGGUGGUUCAACUCUUCUCAUCCUCUUAUCAACAGAUUACACGAGAAUGUGGUAUGGGGUAUGAGAGGUAACUUUGUCGGUCUGCCAACAGAUUGUCCUCAACGAGAUGAACGUCUUGGCUGGACAGGCGAUUUGACGGUAUUCAGAGAUACGGCAAACUUCCUAUACGAUACUCGAUCGAUACUUUCAGGAUGGCUACAGGAUGUGGCCUUUGACCAAGCCGCCAACGAGAAUGUACCUCCCAUCGUCAUACCUGAUAUACUAUCGAAGAUAUAUCCUCAGAUUCCGAUGCGAAUGGCAAUUUGGUGUGAUGCCGCGAUACUAGUUCCGCUGUCGUUGUUCGAGGCGUUUGGAGAUGCGACUAUACUGGCUGAUCAGUAUGACAGUAUGUACAAAUGGAUAACGGAGGGUGUAACAAGGGACGACAUUGGUCUUUGGGGUCAGAAGACACCGGAUCAAAUGCAAUUAGGAGACUGGCUUGAUCCAGCAGCACCACCCGACUUCCCCGGUGAUGGACGUACCGACCCUAAGAUAGUCGCCGAUGCCUACCUGGUGCAUGUCACUCGGACAAUGGCGGAAAUAUCGCGACUACUUGACAAGAAGGAUGAGGCUGCGAGAUUUGAAUCGGAAUGGCAUAUCCUUCGACAACAUUAUCUGGAUACUUAUGUCUCGAAAACAGGAAGAACUGUGUCUGAUUCCCAGACGGCGUUGGCGCUUUCUCUACACUUUGAUCUGCUGGCUGAAGAUCAAAGGAAAGUCGCUAUUGCUCGUCUAGAUGAAUUAGUGAAGAAGAACGUAUUUAAAGUGGCUACUGGAUUUGCCGGAACGCCUAUCAUACUUGAAGUGCUGGCAGCGAACGACAGAUUGCAUCUUGCCUAUAGAAUGUUACAGGAUAAACAAUGUCCGAGUUGGUUAUAUACAGUGAGCAUGGGUGCAACCACCAUGUGGGAGAGGUGGGAUAGUAUGCGUCCAGAUGGAACUAUCAACCCCGGAGAGAUGACUUCCUUCAACCAUUACGCUCUAGGGGCCGUCGCAUCGUUUUUACACAACACUGUCGGGGGUAUCACUCCCCUCGAACCUGGCUGGAAGAAGUUCAAGGUGGCUCCUCAACCUGGUGGUACCGUGACUUCAGCGGAAGUCAGACAUUUGUCACCGUAUGGCUUGAUAGAAUGUUCUUGGCGUUUAGAAGACGACAAGCUCACGGUGAAACUGUCGGUUCCUCCCAACAGCAGAGCCAAGGUAGAAAUCGGAGAUCAGCAACUAGAAGUAGGUAGUGGCCAUCGAGAAUUUGUUGUAAAAUAUCAGGCCGAUCCUAGAUGGCCCCCUAAGCCAAUCUAUCAUUCUCUGACAAUCCCUCUCAUCGAUGAGAUAGCUUAA